GUAUCAAAAAAAUCCAAUGGAAAGCAAGCUCUUCGGGAAGAGGGCGGGCCCCGCGGGCAGUCAAAUUUGCGCGGGUUGGGGCCUGGCGUAGUCAUGGCCGCCUUCCGCGACAUAGAGGAGGUGAGCCAGGGGCUGCUUAGCCUGCUGGGCGCCAACCGCGCGGAGGCGCAGCAGCGAAGGCUGCUGGGGCGCCACGAGCAGGUGGUGGAGCGGCUGCUGGAAACGCAAGACGGUGCCGAGAAGCAGCUGCGAGGGCUGCAGUCAAGAAGGGGCAUGUUUCUUGCCAGUGGAGGCGGCGAACCACCUUCUCUCUGCUUUCCUUGGGGAAGGACAGACCUUAGGGAGCCUGCUUCUCUCCACCCUGCAGAGAUCCUCACCAUGGAGAAGGAAGUGGCCCAGAGCCUGCUCAACGCGAAGGAGCAGGUACACCAGGGAGGCGUGGAGCUGCAGCAGCUGGAAGCUGGGCUUCAGGAGGCUAGGGAGGAGGACACCCGUCUGAAGGCCAGCCUCCUUCAGCUCACCAGAGAGCUGGAAGAGCUCAAGGAGAUUGAGGCGGAUCUGGAGCGACAGGAGAAGGAGGUCGACGAGGACACGACAAUCACAAUCCCGUCGGCCGUGUACGUGGCUCAACUUUACCACCAAGUUAGUAAAAUUGAGUGGGAUUAUGAGUGUGAGCCAGGGAUGAUCAAAGGCAUCCAUCAUGGCCCCAGUGUGGCCCAGCCCAUCCACCUGGACAGCACCCAGCUCUCCAGGAAAUUCAUCAGCGACUACCUCUGGAGCCUGGUGGACACUGAGUGGUAGCCAGGAGCCUCGUGGCUGCGUCUUGCACCCAGCCGGCAUCUGCCAUGGUUGGGUCCAUUUCAAAUGAAAUGUGUGGACAUCGAUUUUUUUUUUUUUUUUUUUUUUUUUUGAGACAGAGUUUCACUCUUGGUGCCCAGGCUGGAGUGCAAUGGCAUGAUCUCAGCUCACAGCAACCUCUGCCCCCUGGGUUCAAGUGAUUCUCCUGCCUCAGCCUCCCAAGUAGCUGAGAUUACAGGCAUGUGCCACCACGCCCGGCUAAUUUUUUGUAUUUAGUAGAGAUGGAGUUUCACCAUGGUGGUCAGGCUGGUCUUGAACUCCUGACCUCAGGUGAUCCACCCGCCCGCCUCGGCCUCCCAAAGUGCUGGGAUUACAGGCGUGAGCCACUGCGCCUGGCCUUUUUUUUUUUUUUUUUUUUUUUUUUUUUUGCUGCAUUUCUUUUUCUCCUGAUUUUGGCCUCAGCUCUUAGAGUGGCCUCAGCUAGGUAACCAACGGGAGUCGACUUAUCUAUGCCAGGCCUGCAGUUUCACAUCUGUGACGGGAUGGGACAAAUGACACCGUGGUAUUUGAUGACAGCUCCCAGGUAUUUCAAGGUUGGCCCUUACUCAUUCAGGGGGUAUGUUUGAGUGCCACGGUGUGCCCAGACUCUGCUAGGCACCAGAGAGAAGAUAUGAGUGACAUGGAUCUCCUCCCACUGCUGACGGAGGAAUCAGCACAGAAGCAGACAACACUCUAGAACCCAGAGAGAGGUCCAGAUUGCAACAGGAGCCACACCAGAGUGUGCAGGCUUCAUGGAGGACAGAAGCGACUUUUGUGCCAGGACUUAAAAAGAUAAGGAGGCCAGGUGUGGUGGCUCAUGCCUGCAAUCCCAGCACUGCAGGAGGCAGAGGCGGGCAGAUCACUUGAGCCCAGGAGUUGGAGACCAGCCUGGGGAACAUGGCAAGACCCCAUCUCUACAAAAAAAUUUAAAAAUUUGGCCUGGAGCAGUGGCUCAUGCCUGUGAUCCUAGCACUUUGGGAGUUAAAACAACACUUCCCAGCCGCCCUUGUAGUUAAGGUCCGGCCAGUGAAAUGUACAUGGAAGUGUUACGUGACACUUCUAGAAGGAUUCUUAAAAGACAAGUACACCCUUUCUUCCCCCUUCCUAUUUCCUGGAAUGUGGGCGUGAUGGCUGGAGCCCUGGCAGUCAUACUGCCACGUGUACGGAUGACUGCAGUCCCUUAGGGAUGACAGGAGCCUGGUUCCCUAAUGAUGGCAGAGCCAGAUAUCAGCACAGACUUAUUUAAAUGGGGGAGAGAAGGGGGAGAACCAAUCUCAACUUCUACCUUGUGUAAACUGCUGGUUUUGGGGGUUUUCUAUGACAGAUACCAAAAUAAACCCUAACUGAUUGAACAUGUACUCCAGUCCA